UUUCGUCAAAGGUUUAGAGAUGGAUCCUCGGUCGGCAUCUGUAGCUGUGGUAUUAGUCAGUUUUGUAGUUCUCGUGACUUUUGUUGACACUAAUCCAGUUGUACCCUCUGAAGAAUCUUCGUUCGACGCAGAAAGUAUCAUUUUAGACUGCAAGCACUCGGAUUAUCGGACCUAUAUACAGUGCCUGAAAAGACAUAAGAGACACCCACAUGACAAUGAUCAUAUAAUAGAUGACAGCUGCAUGGAGCCGUGUAUACAGGAUUGUGUAAGGGAAAAAAGGUUCACGUGUGUAGAAAUUUGCAAACAUUGCGUGAAAAGACAAAAGCAUCGUACAAUUAAUAUCACUGAAACCGAAUAUAUAACAGAAUGCAUUCACGGGAACUGUUCGAAAGUUGGCAGCAAGGAUGGUCUUGGACCAGUAACCCUCAAUUUAACCACUCAUGUCCACAUUCAUAACCACUACAAUCACAAUACUACACCACCUGUUAAAUCCCAUUGUCCAUGUUAUUAUAUCACUUGGAUCCCAUGUUACUGUCGGCCUUCAUAUCCAAUAUGCCAGUAUCAGACUCAAUGGCCCUGCAUUCCAAGUGGCGGAUAUGGUUCAUUAGGGGUCGGAGGAAUAGGAUUUGGAACAGGGAUAGGAGGUAUAUAUGGUGGCGGAGCAAUUGGUGGGGGAAUGUUAGGAGGGGAAUUAAUGGGCGUUGGAAUGGAAACUGGCAUGCUAGGAACAGGUAUACCGAUUAUUAAUCCUGGCAUGAUGACUGUGAACACUACAUGUGAUGAAUGUAAUCCUCCUACUGGAUAAGUAGCAUUUUCCUUGCUACUUUAGUAUAAUUAUAACAUAACUCUUUAUAUUUUUAUUUUGUAAGUUCGACGUUAUUUCUUUAAUGCUUUUUACUAUUUUUAUCAAGAAAUAUUUUGUAUUGAAAAUUAAAGAGUAUACACAACAA